GGCAGCGGCGGCGCAGGAAGCCAUCUCAGCCAUGGAGACGGUGCGGGCCUUCGCCGGGGAGGAGGAGGAGGAGCGGCGCCACGGGCAGGCGGUGGCCAAGAUGCUGAGGCUGAGAGACCGGAUAGAUGUGGAACGGGCGUUCUUCACCCUCGUCCGACGGGGGUUGCAAUUGGCCGUGCAGGUGCUGGUGCUGUACCACGGGCACAGGCAGCUCCGUGAGGGCACCGUCACUGCUGGCAGCCUCGUCACCUUCCUCCUUUACCAGGCCAAAGUCGGCAGCCACGUGCAGAUGCUGGUGUUUGGCCACGGCAACCUGAUGAGCAAAGCGGUGGCCGGGCGCAAAACCUUGGACUACCUGGACCGGGAACCCACCGGCGACGUCGGGGGCACCCGCGCGCCCCCCACCCUGCGGGGCCACGUUACCUUCCAGGGCGUCUCCUUUGCCUACCCCGCGCGCCCCGAACACCUCGUCCUGCAGGACGUCUCCUUUGAGCUGCACCCUGGCGAGGUGACAGCAUUGGCGGGACUCAAUGGCAGCGGGAAAAGCACCUGUGCGGCGCUGCUGGAGCGAUUCUACGAGCCCCAAGGCGGGGAGGUGCUGCUGGACGGGGUCCCCCUGCGGGAAUAUGAGCACCGCUACCUGCACUGCCAGGUGGCGAUGGUGGGGCAGGAGCCGGUGCUUUUUUCCGGCCCCAUCCGAGACAACAUCGCCUUCGGGCUGGACGACUGUGGGGAGGAGGGCGACCAGGCUCCCCCAUCCUGCUCAUCCCCCCCGAUCUUUUGUCCUGCAGACGUGGGGGAGAAAGGGGGGCAGCUUUCGGCAGGGGAGAAGCAGCGCAUCGCCAUCGCCCGGGCCCUGGUGCGGCGACCGACCGUCCUCAUCCUUGACGAAGCCACCAGUGCCUUGGACGGGGAGGGCGAGGUGGCG